AUGGAUCUCUCUCUCGCCGGCGACAAGAAGAGGCCGCGCAGAAGCUCAAGAGCAAGAGCUCCGACCACAGUCGGCUCUUUCCAACACGACAUCCUUUGCAUCAUCUUCUCUUUACUCGACUGCUUCGACCUCGCAAGUUGUUCCGUCGUAUGCAAAUCCUGGAGUGCGAUUAUCAACAAUUCUAAGUUGCUCCAAUUGUUUUACCGCAAAAAAUGGCAGACGGGUUUUCUGGGUUCCAGCAAUAGGUCUAAAGAAUGUCCUGAGGAAUCUUGGAAGGAUUAUUUGGAGGAGAUGGCUGUGGAGGGUCAUAGACUGGCAUUACAGGAAGGUCGAAUUCGUGUUGAUCACUUGAGGGGUCACUCUGUUGGGGGUGAACAGUGUCGAACGAAGAUGGGGUUGCUUCUUACUGGCGUCGGUGAUAAGGUUAUGCGUCUUUGGUCAUUGGAGAGCUAUAAAUGUGUAGGGGAAUAUCCCAUUCCAGACAGAGUCCGUUUAGUUGACUUUGAUUUUGAUGAGAGCAAGAUUGUUGGCUUGGUUGGCACUCGUAUAUGCAUAUGGAGGCAGAAUGGGAUAAGAAGAAUAUUUCCCUCACAUGAGGGAACCUUUUCGAAGGGUUUAUGCAUGCGUUACUGCGAUCCUGAGGCUGUGGUCGGCUGUGAGGAUGGGACAGUUCGUGUAUUUGACAUGUACAGUAGAAAAUGUUCUCAAAUCAUUAGGGCACAUGAGGGGCCAGUAAAAUGCUUAUGUUUGAGUGAUGAUCAGUUGAUGCUUAGUGGUUCUUCUCUUGGCGAUGUCACAUUAUCUGCACUUUCAUCUGGCGAGCGGGUAGUGAAGUUACGAUCACAAGAUUCCUCAGGCAUAAAGACUUUAUGUUUCAACCCUUGCUCUCACCAAGUAUUUGCUGGAACUGCUACUGGAUAUGGACUUUGUUGGGACCUAAGGAUGGGACUUUUGUGGAAGACACGAGUGAGUCAAAAUAGUGUAUAUUCAAUGCAACACCAGAGAAAUGAUGCAUCAACUUUGGCUGUUGGUGGAAUAGAUGGUGUGCUACGUCUACUGAAUCAGAGCACAGGUGAAGUAAUUUCAAGAUGCAUCUUGGACGGUUAUUUAUCACCAAGUUCACAAAACACACUUGGGGCUACACAAAGAACGAGGGGAAGAAGGCUUUCAGAAGAUACCACCAUUGACAGCAUUCUCAGAAGCUGUCGACCUCCAAUUACGUGCUUGGCUGUAGGGAUGAAGAAGGUUAUCACCACACACAACAGCAAGUACAUCAGAAUCUGGAAAUUUGACUGA